GCGCAGAGCCGCGCUGCCGCAGGGAGCCGCCGCCGCCGGCGGGAUGAGCGGGAGCGGCGCCCCCGGGCCCGGCGCGGCUCCUUGCCGCUUCGCCCACUACUUCGUGCUGUGCGGCAUCGACGCGGAGAGCGGGCUGGAGCCCGACGAGCUGGCAGUCUUGUACAAAUGGCUAGAAGCAGAACUCCAUGGCAAGAGCUCAGAUACUGCAUGCAAAACCUCAGGAGAGAAUUUCGACCAGAGUCCCUUAAGAAGAACCUUCAAGUCCAAAGUUUUGGCCCAUUAUCCACAGAACAUUGAGUGGAACCCCUUUGACCAGGAUGCUGUCAACAUGCUGUGUAUGCCCAAAGGGCUGUCUUUCAGGACGCAGGCAGAUAACAGAGAUCCACAGCUCCAUUCGUUCAUCAUCACCAGAGAAGAUGGCUCUCGUACAUAUGGGUUUGUGCUCACGUUCUAUGAGGAAGUCACGAGCAAGCAGAUCUGCACAGCCAUGCAAACCCUCUACCAGAUGCACAACGCAGAGCAAUACAGCAGUGUCUGUGCCUCUUCCUCAUGCAGCAUGGACUCCCUGGCCAGCAGCAUCGACGAGGGUGAUGCCACAUCCCUUGCCAAGCUCCAGCGGUACAACUCCUACGACAUCAGCAGAGACACGCUGUACGUCUCCAAAUGCAUUUGCCUCAUCACCCCUCUGCCCUUCAUGCAAGCCUGCAAGAAGUUCCUGAUCCAGCUCUAUAAGGCGGUGACGUCCCAGCAGCCACCUCCUCUGCCCCUGGAGAGCUACAUCCACAACAUCCUCUACGAGGUGCCCCUGCCACCCCCAGGGAGGUCACUGAAGUUUUAUGGUGUUUAUGAGCCCAUCAUUUGCCAGAGACCUGGGCCCAACGAGCUGCCGCUCUCUGACUACCCGCUGCGGGAGGUCUUCGAGCUGCUGGGCCUGGAGAACCUGGUCCAGGUUUUCACCUGUGUUCUUCUGGAGAUGCAGAUCCUUUUGUACUCACAAGAUUAUCAGCGGCUGAUGACGGUGGCAGAGGGGAUCACGACGCUGUUGUUCCCAUUUCAGUGGCAGCAUGUGUACGUCCCCAUCCUUCCUGCCUCUCUCCUGCAUUUUCUGGAUGCUCCUGUUCCCUACCUGAUGGGGCUGCAGUCCAAGGAGGGAACCGACCGCUCCAAGCUGGAGCUGCCUCAGGAGGCAAACCUGUGCUUUGUAGACAUCGAUAACCAUUUCAUCGAACUGCCAGAGGAAUUCCCCCAGUUCCCCAACAAGCUGGAGUUUAUCCAGGAAAUCUCCGAGGUUCUCCUGCAGUUUGGCAUCCCGCCAGAGGGUAACCUGCACUGCAGCGACAGCACCACCAAACUCAAGAACCUGGUCCUUAGUGACUUGGUGAACGACAAAAAGAAUGGGAACAUCCCCAGCAAUGCCCUCAACAUGUACGAGCUGCUGAAAGGCAACGAGACGAUCGCCCGCCUGCAGGCCCUGGCCAAAAGAACUGGCGUGACAAUGGAAAAAAUGACCAUCACGGCUCCCCUCGCAGAGAAGGAGAAGGAUGGGAAAUUGCCGUGUGAGGAGAUGGAGCUGAGGGACUACAAACUGAACGUGCAGCUUCGCGAGGUUUUCGCCAACCGCUUCACACAGAUGUUCGCAGACUAUGAGGCUUUCGUCAUUCAGGCUGCCCCCGAUAUGGAGUCAUGGCUGACAAACAGGGAACAAAUGCAAAACUUUGACAAAGCUUCCUUCCUUUCGGACCAACCUGAGCCUUACCUCCCAUUCCUUUCACAUUUCAUCGAAACACAGAUGUUUGCAACCUUCAUAGACAAUAAGAUAAUCUCCCAGUGGGAAGAGAAGGACCCUUUUCUGCGAGUUUUUGACUCCCGAAUUGAGAAAAUAAAGCUAUAUAAUGUAAGGGCCCCUGCACUGCGGACAUCCAACUACCAGAAAUGCAGCACUUUGAAAGAAGCAGGUCGACUGUCUAUUCAGCGUCUAGUUUUGGUAGAUAUUGUGGCACCGGAACCUCAUUUUCUGUCUUGUGAAAAGCAGCAAACGGAUACUCAGUCCAUCGAGCAGCGGCUGAUGAAGAUCGAUCACACAGCUAUCCACCCGCACUUACUUGAUAUGAAGAUUGGCCAAGGGAAAUAUGAACAAGGAUUUUUCCCAAAGUUGCAAUCGGAUGUCUUGGCAACGGGACCCACAAAUAACAACCGCUGGGCCAGUCGCAGCACCACCACGCAGCGGAGGAAGGACCGCCUGCGGCAGCACUCAGAGCACAUUGGGCUGGACAAUGAUUUGAGGGAGAAAUACAUGCAGGAGGCGAGGAGUUUAGGAAAAAAUUUAAGGCAGCCCAAACUCUCAGACCUCUCUCCAGCUGUGAUUGCACAGACCAACUGGAAAUUUGUGGAAGGGUUACUGAAGGAAUGUCGCAUGAAGACUAAACGCAUGUUGGUAGAGAAGAUGGGCCAUGAAGCAGUUGAGCUGGGACAUGGAGAAGCCAACAUAACAGGUCUGGAGGAAAAUACAUUGAUUGCUAGUCUCUGUGAUCUGCUAGAAAGAAUCUGGAGCCAUGGCCUGCAGGUCAAGCAGGGAAAAUCCGCUUUGUGGUCCCAUUUACUUCAGUACCAGGAGAGAGAAGAGAAGCAAGAACAUAGUGCAGAGUCUCCAGUUGCUAUUGGAACAGAAAGACGGAAGUCUGAUACAGGACUUACUCUGCCUACUUUGAGGGUUUCCCUGAUACAAGAUAUGAGGCAUGUUCAGAACAUGAGUGAGAUAAAGACUGAUGUGGGGCGAGCCCGAGCCUGGAUAAGGCUUUCUCUGGAGAAGAAGCUUUUGUCUCAGCACCUGAAGCAGCUGCUUUCCAACCAGGCACUUGCCAAGAAACUUUAUAAGCGUUACGCUUUCUUGCGCUGUGAAGAAGAACGGGAACAGUUCCUGUAUCACCUGCUCUCACUGAACGCUGUGGAUUAUUUCUGCUUCACAAGUGUCUUCACCACAAUCAUGAUCCCUUACAGGUCAGUGAUAAUUCCCAUCAAAAAACUGAGCAACGCAAUAACCACAUCAAACCCAUGGAUAUGUGUAUCAGGGGAACUAGGAGAUACCGGCGUAAUGCAGAUUCCUAAAAACCACCUAGAAAUGACAUUUGAGUGCCAGAACUUAGGGAAGCUGACGACCGUUCAGAUUGGUCAUGACAACUCAGGGCUACUAGCCAAGUGGCUGGUUGAUUGUGUCAUGGUCAGAAAUGAAAUAACAGGACACACGUACAAGUUUCCCUGUGGGCGAUGGCUGGGAAAGGGUGUUGAUGAUGGCAGUUUGGAGCGAAUACUCAUUGGAGAGCUGGUGUCCUCCACAUCUGAUGAAGAGCUGGGGAAGCAGUGCCGUACCCCACCACAGCAGAAGUCUCCUACCACGGCUCGACGACUCAGCAUCACUUCCCUCACAGGGAAGAACACCAAACCUAAUGCGGGACAGAUCCAAGAGGGAAUUGGGGAAGCUGUGAACAAUAUUGUGAAACACUUUCACAAGCCAGAGAAAGAGAGAGGGAGCCUUACCAUUCUGCUGUGUGGAGAGAACGGUCUGGUUGCAGCACUGGAGCAGGUCUUCCACCAUGGAUUCAAAUCUGCUCGCAUUUUUCAUAAGAAUGUCUUCAUCUGGGAUUUCAUAGAGAAAGCUGUUGCUUAUUUUGAAACCAGUGACCAGAUUGGAGACAAUGAGGAGGCCCUUUUGCUUCAGAGAUCUUCAUGCAAAACCUUCUGUCAUUAUGUGAAUGCCAUCAAUACUGCUCCAAGGAACAUUGGAAAGGAUGGCAAAUUCCAAAUUCUGGUUUGCCUGGGGACAAGGGACCACUUGCUCUCUCAGUGGAUCCCGUUGCUGGCAGAGUGCCCGCCCAUUACAAGGAUGUAUGAGGAGAAUGCUCUCCUACGGGACCGCAUGACUGUCAACUCCCUUAUCCGAGUCCUACAGACAUUGCAAGAUUUCAAUAUCAUCCUAGAAGGAUCGCUCAUUAAAGGAGUGGAUGUUUAGCAUGGCUUUGCUGAGAACUUCAUUAUUCCUUUCCCAAGCAAGCAAACCACAAUUGGAGACCUGUCAGGACCUGAACACGAUGGCAGUGCACCACUGUAAGGCAAAGCUGCUGGUUGAAGCGGGAGUGGGAAGCCCAGUUUGUGCCUGAUGGGGACUGUCCUCUAAAGCUGCAGAAAGCUAAGAUGCAGUAUUGUAGUUUAUUUGAAACAGAAAUUUAGUAUAAAAUAGAGUAUUUUCAUGUGUUAGAUGUGUGUAAAUAUGCUAUCUUCUUUAAGAAAUUAUACUACUCUAAGAAAUUUUUCUUAGACUGAAUGUUCUUGUUCUGACUAUGAGUAGCUUAAACCCAGGGAAGGACUGGGGGGAGGGAAGGACCGAGGUGGGAAGGGAUGCCGCUAUUUGCUUGCAAGGAAGAAGCCAAUCAAUGUGUAAAUACAGCGCAAACUCAGCAGGGCUUUUUUCAGGUAUUGCAAAUUAAUACAGCAAAUAUCCUUAUGUAGCCAUUGUGAUUGUCUCACUCUUGGAAAUGUUGUAAGCAUAUAUGCUGUCUUACCCUACUGUACACGGGCUCCCUUAGUUUUUUGUUUGUUCAAAGACUCAAGCCUUUCCGUGCAUGGAAGUUGUGAGUCGUCAUGUUUUUUUCUGUAAGGUUUUAUGUGUCACUUCUGUUGAUCUCCAAAAAUGGAGACGAGUGUUGAAAUGCUUAAACACUGGAGAGGACUGCUGUCAGCCUCAGAGCCUGAGAGUGUGAGAGACCUCUGUAAGGGGUGCUGCUGCAGCCUGAAAUGGGGAACGAUGGCUUGCUUGACUCAUUUGGUGUGUCCCUUGCCUGUCUAGAUGUUCUGAUGAUUCCCCCUCACCCUCAGCCAGUUUGUGUCGUGGAUGACUUUUAUUAUCCCCUAUGUUGAGGAAUUUGGUUCAUACCAAAUUCUUGCUGUACUUGAGAAGAAUCAUUGCUGUAGAGCCACAAACACCGAUGUUGCUGUGCUACUGAAGUCUAUCAGCUGGUUUUGAAAUGCUGACAGAUUAUGAGUCUUCCUUUAUCCCGCAGAACGAGUAUUCCUAGGAGGUACAGAAUCUUUGCUACUUUUUUUUCUUUUUCCCUUCUUUUUUGACUAGAUUAUCCAGCUAAAAAAAAAAACGUGGGGAGGGGGAAGAAAGCAAAAGGAGGGAAAAAAAGAAUCUUACUUUUGUAUUUUGUGGCUCUUCUCCUACACUCUUUCCAGUUAAUGUGUUACUAAUAUAGUGUGUAUAUAUAGAUACAGCUCUUGAAGAGGAACUGGGAUCAACUGAAAUCCUGUAUGCUAAAAAUUUAACAAGAGAUUACAUUAAAAUCAUCUUGAGGAUACCAUGCAGCAAAUGCAGAGUAUGUUUUCUGUCUUGUGGAUAGGAGUUGGAAGGAUCUGAGGGCAUAGUUGUCUUCUUCUGGUUUUAGUUUUUGGAGGUUAGUUUAAAUAUAAGUGUUUGUUUUCACUUGUUUAUUCCCUAUGAUCUUGGCCAUUUUGUCAGUGGGUUUCUGUGGAUGUCUCACUGUCAGCUGUGGAUUGGGAAAGGCCCUAACUGGCACUGUAAGGUUAUUGCCUUGGUGCUGUGCUCUCAAGUGGCAUUAGGAGGGGCUGGAGAAUAGUGGGCAGUAGCAGAUCUCGAUAUAGUUUGCACAUGGUGGAGAGAGGGAUAAGAGCUAGGGAAAAGGAAAGAGGAAGAAAAUUAGGGUUUGCUUUCUCACUUGCCUUUUGUCAAGCUUCUCUGUUUUCCUGUGGUCCUUCUGCUGUCCAGUUCUUACAACACUUGCUUUAGUGUCAAAGUUUCACGUCAUAUUCCCAGCCAGAAGAAAACUCUUCAUGUGACUUUGUUUCAUUAACAGGGAGAAUUUCUGCUAUAGAAGGUUUUUUAUUUUUAAGAAAGAAGUAAAACAACACUGUCAGAGAGUAAUUGACUUUUAUGAGGGUUCCAGUUUUUAAUAACUGUUCUUUCCACCUGGGCUUGUACUUCCUUAAAUUGACUAAACUCAUCCCAAAUACUGUAGGCAGCACUGCCAUGUCACUACCGUGGGUGUGAGUAACUAAUGUAAAGGCUGUGAAUGGUGUCAUGAGUUAGAAGCCAGAGCCCACGGCUGUGUGACAUCUCUCUUGCAUUUCCAGAAAUGUGAAAUUUGAGGUGUGAGGCUUUUCUGUGUGGCCAGGCAAUUCUCCUUAAAGUCAGCAGAAGAUGCGUGACAGCUCUUCAGCAGCAGUGAAAAUGCGUCCCUAGUACUUAACUCUAUCAAAAAAUUACACAUUUAGCACCAGAAAACAUGUGGCAGCAUUAUUUGGUAAUGACUGCUUAGGAUGUUUUGAUUUCAAUUACAACUCGGGCCUUUUAUUUCUAAUUACUGCUAUACAUGAUUUUUUUUUCAUGCCCAAACCGGUCUAAGUGACUUUCAUUUUACUGAAAUAACAACCUCUUUAGUCCUUGGAUUUCUUUGCAGCAUCAUCUGCAUUUGCUAGCUAGAUACUUCUAAAAAGUAUACUGCUGCAUACUUCUCCAAAGACUAUGACUUCAGCAGAUAUAACAUUCACCCACCAUGACUCGGUUUAAGUGCAAGCAGGAUAAAGUAGAAACAUGGGCACCUCUAAAGGUCAAGCAUAGAUGAAUAAACCACACACAGAGAAAAGGGAAAUUAACUAAAUAAAGUCUUUCUUAAGUUAAAAUAAGUCAACACCUGAGAAAUUUUCAAAUUCAAAACAGGGCCUUCCCCCCUUUCAAGCUACAUUAAGGAACCUUUAGCACUUAACUUUAACACAACUUCACAUCGGCUUUUUCAGCAAGUGUUGACUCGUUUGGUUUUGUCAGGUUUCACAUCAUUUACAAUAAACAUUAUGUAUGUCUAAUAUUUCCCUGUAGGCAAUAAAACACCCUAAGAUAUGUUGAAAGGGGCACAGCUGAGUGCCUCAGAUUCCUAGAAGAGUACUUAUUUUACAAUCUCGGAAGUAUGGUUCUUUGUAGUGAAUUUUUAUUCUACCACGUAUGAUUUUUUUUUUUCCUCAGUAGACCACUUCUGUUUCUUGGAAACCAUGAGGUUUUUUCUCUAAGGUUUACAGAAAUCAUUCUACCCACUAGGAUGGUGAGAAACCCAUCAGGAUUCUUCUAAGCUAACACAAUUUUUACUUCAGUGUUAAAGCACCUUCUUUGGUUGACAAAGGGAAUCUUGGAAAAGACCAAAGCUCUCUGGUAUCUGCUUUUUUUUUUAAAGAAGAAAAAAUCCUAUCCAAUACCCAUCUGCAGGUAUCUGAGUUUGCAUAGUCCUGUUAUACUAACAUCCAGCAUGGUAACUUGAGGGAGUCAGAGAAUCAAAUGCCUCACUAUGUACAAAAAUGUGUAUUUAUAAUUCUCUGAAAUGAAUGAAAUUCUACUGUUUAGUGAGAAAUCUACUCAUGUUUAUUCCAAGUUGGUUUGUGUAAUUAGAUAUCAUUGUUCAAAAUGUCUUUAGAAUAGUUGCGCAACAGCAUAUUUGAGAAAAUUCCUUCUUUCAGUCAAGUGAAGGUGCGCAUCUGAAGGGGAAAUAUCGUAUGUUACACUUGAAAUGUACAAAUGUGCCCUGUAUAGCUUAAAAUGAUCCUUAAAUGUCUCCAUUAAGUAUAUUUUGUCUUUACAUUAUUAGUAACUGAAUAAGAACUGGAUUAUUUUCAAGACGACAUGAGUAAAAGAAGUAUUGUUAUAUCAAGCACUUUAACAUACAUACCACAAACUGACAUGAGUUUUUCAGGUUUUGAAGUACAUUGAAAUACAGCUUUUCAUGCUAUGUCCUUUACAAAUAAAACUGUGAGAAUAAU